AUCCUAAGCGAUUGCUUUAGCCAGCCAGUCUCUUUUAUUGUUAAAGAGAAUCCUUCUGAAGAUUGUUCCCCAGGCUUUUCAUUUAAGGGCAAACAGGACUGAUCGACUAAAGAAUCAGAAUGGCAGUGCCAUUUCCUUGCAGAAAAGAGAAAGCUGUUCCAAUUUGUAUCCUGGUCUGGCAACUUGUUAGCAGCAUGUACAUCUCCCUGAUCCAAGAAGCUGGUUUUUUUGUUUAAAGAAAAUGUGAUAGAAGAGAAGGCUGGAUUACAAGCAUAUCGGUGGAGAAUGUUACUGAGCAGAGGAGAUGGACUUUGGUUGAAACCUGGAAAAAACGGAAAGCUGUGUCCCUCGGUGUUGUGCUCCUACACAAUCCUCAUCUGAAGGUUGUUUUCAGGGUGCCGUGGUGUUUUUCUUUCUUCCGCUGUGUUUUGUUUGGCAGCUCACAAAGUACUGUAGGCAGAAGCAGCCUCCAGGAAUUGUACAGGCACAAUCGCUUGGUUCUGUGCGCCAUGCAGAUUUAAACAGUGCAUGUGUUUUCUGUAAGUUUAAAGAAACAUGGUUAUUUUAUAUUAGAUAAAAAGAAAAAGGAGAAGGCUACGAGGGUGGUUUUGAAAGUUGCAUACUCCAGUGGAUUUAUUUAUUUUUUGGGGGGAGAAAUGAAAAAAGAAAGUGCCUCAAAGUCAUUCCGGUUUAAACAUAAUCCAGGAUCCCUCUCGCGUGCUGUGAGCUGGAUAAACUUCUCUACCUUGUCCAAGCAGACAAAAAGGCUGUUUCGCAGCGAUGGUGAACUCACAUCUAUAUGUGGGCAGCAGGUAGAAGAGGAUGAGAGCUGGACCUACAGACCCCAGCACAGAAACGCUGUCUCCAAUCUAGAUGAAGAGAGUAGAUGGACAGUCCAUUACACUGCACCCUGGCAUCAACAAGAGAACGUGUUUCUACCCACCUCAAGGCCACCCUGUGUAGAGGAUCUGCACCGCCAAGCCAAGCUGAACCUGAAGUCGGUACUAAGAGAAUGUGACAAGCUGCGAAGGGAUGGCUAUCGAAGUUCUCAAUACUAUUCUCAGGGCCCAACUUUCUCAUCUUCUUCCAGUGCAAUCUGCGGAAGUCACCACGAUGACUAUGAAGAAAUUGAACAAAAGUGUUCGACCCCUUCUCCUGAGGAGGAGAAGCUCAUUAGCAUCAAGAGACCCAAAACACCAGUUUCAAAUGAAUUCUCUGAUAUCAACACUCAAACAAAUUGGACCAAAUCACUUCCAUUGCCAACCCCGGAGGAGAAAAUGCGACAACAGGCUCAAGCAGUCCAAACUGAUGUUAUACCUAUUAACGUAACUGGGGAGAAUUUUGACCGCCAAGCCAGCAUACGGAGGUCUCUAAUUUACACAGAUACUGUGGUAAGGCGGCCGAAGAAAGUGAAAAGGAGAAAGACUAUUACAGGAGUCCCUGACAACAUCCAAAGAGAGCUAGUUGGCACUGGUAAAAACGACUUCCGUGGCCAUUCAUUAUGCGUCCCUGACCACUAUUCCACACUAGGAAGGCUUGAUAGCUAUCACUCUUCCAUGCAGCAGUCUGACACCAAGGACUCCGGCUGUCAGACGGAGGAAGUCAAAGUGGUGCCACCUUCAGUCAGGCGAAUACGUGCCCAGAAAGGUCAAGGAAUUGCAGCCCAGAUGUCACAGUUGUCCAGUUCUUCUGGAAACAUGUCUGUGAUGAGUGAUUCCGCUGGGGUUGUGUUUGCCUCCCGCCUAAACAAUGACCUGGGUUUUCAUAGUCUACCUCGGUCUGGGGCAAGGGUGUCCCUACAGUUCCUGGAACGUAGACAUAGCCUGUCUAAGUCAACAGAAGAUGGAGCACUGUCACACCAGAUAAGCAAACUGCAAGUGGAUGAUAGCAUAGACCACAUGAGGAACAACAGUAGGACAGGUAUGCUUCAAAGGCCAAAGUCCCAAGAGGUAAAGGGCUCUGAGAGUGACCAAACAGAAAGUCUAGCAUGCAUGGUCUCUCCACAUAGUAUGUAUUCAACCAGCAUUAUACCAAAUGCAACCCUAUCAUCCUCUUCAGAGGUUAUUGUGAUUCACACCACACAGAGUGCGGGCGCGAUGGAUAGUAAAAUCACCCACCCUUCUUCAUAUACAAAACCUAGAGACAAUCUUGUUGUCAACAGCAUGGUAGGCACAAAAGAUCAACAGCAUUCCUCUAGUGGGACCUGGAGCGAGACCAGUUCAACACAUCACUCGCGUUCCUCAGGCACUGCUGUUUCAUCAAAUGCUGCAAUGGUGCUCAGUCUUGGAGAUUCAGGAGUCUCUCUCACCGGUGCAGGAGCUGUGGAAAAUGCCCCUCAAAGUGUGACCUACAGCAGUAGGAAUAAUCUCAGUUUUCCAACGCACUCUCAGGACAGUGACAAUAGGAGUGAAUCAAAUUACUCUGUUGACAAAACACAGAGCCAGGUUCAGAACAGCACAGAACACUGUGGUUUGAAGCACUCUGGAAAGGAAGAGGUGUUGUUACACAAACUAAACUGUGCCACUCCAGGCUGCUCCACGCCUGUGAGCAACUUGAGUACCAGCAGCCUUGAAAGAGUCUCUGCCAAAGAAGACUCAAGCUCUUUAUAUUCUGUGGACCAUGAUGGCUAUUACACUUCCAUGCACAUGGACUCGGGACUCAAGUCUGGCAAAACUUGCAAUAGCAAUAACGGCUUUGGAAACCCCAGGCACAGUGUCAUUAAUGUGUUUGAUGGCACCGAGAAGAAAUCUCUGGGAGACUUGUCAAAUUACAGCGACAAAUCCCUCUCACGAAGCAUAUCCUUUAAAAAGGCAAAGAAACCGCCUCUGCCGCCAUCCCGAACAGACUCUCUUAGAAGGAUCCCCAAGAAGAAAACUCAGUCCAAUGGGCAGGUAUUGGAUGACAUGUUGAUUGCUAGCCUCCAACACUCCCUACAGUUGAACCUCAAGUGCAAAAAUGGCAGCUCACCAUCUCAAAGCCCCUGCAGUGAUUAUGAUGACCCUUGGGUGCUACGCUCUCGUAGUCAGAGCUCGGUGAGCGCCAGUAGCAGCAUGAUGUCUGGAACAGGCCUGAACAUGUACUCCAUCUGUACUGUCACACCCUCCCAGAGUGAGACAAGCAGCAUCAGGUCAGAGUAUGCUGACCAGUGGGGCUACUACAGCGAUUGUCCUGGGAUGCCGGAGGAUCAGCUGAAAUCCCCAGUAGUUCAUUCGGCUAAUGCUGGACCCAGGCUAAAUGAUUAUAACGUCAGCCGCCUUAACGAUGGGUCAAGGGCUUCUACACCACAGGUGCCCAGCGGGUUGGCCAAACCAAAGACCACUUCUCCAGAAAAGCCACAUAGGGUUACAUCACCAUCUAGUGGGUAUUCUAGCCAAUCCAACACACCCACAGCAGUUACACCAGUGCCUGUCAUUCUGAAAUCUAUGUCAACAGGAAACGGGAAACCCAAGAUGAAACCUAAAGUGCCUGAAAGAAAGUCAUCCCUUCUGUCUUCAGUUUCAGUGUCUUCCUCCUCCACAUCCCUCUCUUCUAAUACAUCUGCUGAAGGGAGUGGGAGUGUGAAGAAAUCUGACUCUGGCCCAAGCUUCCCUCUGGUUUCAUCUCCAGACUCUUCUGAGUACCUUCUUCCACCACCACCACCUCCCUCAACAGAUGUUAUGGAUCUGCCGCCUCCCCCUGGAUCUCCCAACUUCCCACCGCCUCCACCAGAAGCGGUUAUAAACAUAUCAUUUUCUCAAAGUAUCCCAUGGUUUAAUUACCUACCGCAAGACCCUUCGUUGGAUCAUUUCUCUCCCUCGUCACCUCCUGUGCCAUCUCCUCCCCUUCCACCUCCUGUCCCUUCUUCAGUUCCUCCACCAGCACCCCCCUUGGACCCCAAACUCACAAAAGGUGCAUAUAAAAAUGCACCAUGUUCUUUCAAGAAAUAUAAUCAGGAAGGUUCUUCUCACAGUACAAUAAAGAGAGCAUCCAUGAAAAAGGAGGAUCCCGCCAGGCCUUCAAUGCCUCUAGUAACCACCCAAGCACUGCAAAUGGUACAGCUGAGGUCCGUGAAGAAAACUGUGGUGUCAGAGGUUGAACAGCCAGGUGAAUCUACUUCUGACAUAAAUUCUCAGGAAAAAUCAACUGAUGUGCUUUCAGGACAGCUGCCUAUAAAACCAGGUGUAACAGUAGGACACUGCGACAGCCUGGAAGAAGGUGAAGUGAAACCCCAUGGUGCUUUUGACAAUACCUUUGUUUACAGUCCUAAUCAGAGAUCUUAUCCAGGACUCUGUGGUAACUAUGAACUUUCGAGUGGUACAAUGCCUGGAAAUGCAGGCAGUCUAGCUAAUUCCUUUGCCAGUGAUUUACCACCAGCCAGUGUUGAAGAAGCAGCACAGGGUUUUUGCUCCAAUCUUGCAAGCUCAUCUCUUGAGGGACAGCCAGGAUGUCUCAACAAGCCUCAGGGUGUAUCGCCAAACAAGAAGCCGCCACCUGUUUCAAAGAAACCCAAACUGUUCCUGAUUGUGCCACCCCCACAACCCGAUGUUACAGCAGAAAAAAUAGCUGGAGUGGGUGAAACAGUCAGAAUCGCUCCAGGGGAUGCUGCCAUUGCACAGUACAGCCAGGCUGAGGAUUAUCCUACAGAUGGACUCUGCUCCUAUGAAAUGGACUCUGGCAGCCUGGUUCCAGAAGGAGGAGCUGCAGGUUCCACCUCCUGUGAGACACUGGAAGUCAGCAUUUCUGCGCUGCAGCCCAAGCAGGAGGAGCAGCCUUGCUUGUGCGAACGAGGCAGUUCCAACAGAAUUGGAGACAGUGUCUCUAGAGGAGACGGGCAUGCAUCUCAAGGGGAUGAAAGUGUUGAGGGGUUUGAAUCAGAUGCAGCAAACAGCUUUUUACUGCAAAGCCCUAGUUAUGGAGAAGACAGUGAGGUGGUGGCAGUGCCAACCAGACCAAGGACUACUGAGGAUCUUUUUGCAGCCAUUCACAGAUCCAAAAGGAAAGUCCUUGGCCGCAAAGACUCUGAGGAUGACCAUACCCGAAAUCAUUCGCCAUCACCCCCUGUUACACCCACUGGUGCUUCUCCAAAUCUGGCUUCCCUUAAACAGGCAGGAUCAAUUCAAAGAAAUAUUCGCAAAAGUAGCACCAGCAAUGACAACUUCAAGGCACUACUGCUUAAAAAAGGGAGCCGUUCAGAUACCAGUUCUCGCAUGUCAGCAGCAGAGAUGCUAAAAAACACAGACCCAAGGUUUCAAAGAGCCAAGGCGGAUUCUUCCUGGGAGCCCACUGACAGUAGCACAAGUUGUUCUCCUACCAAGAGCAGACGGGCCCAGGAAGAAUGGGCCAAGAGCGAAGGCCUGAUGCCAAGAAGUCUGUCCUUUUCCAGCGCCAGGUACGGCAGGUCUCGAACCCCCCCAUCUGCUGCAAGUAGCAAAUACAAUGUUCGAAACAGGAUCCAGAGUAGCCCUAUGACUGUUAUCAGCGAGGGAGAUGUGGAACCAUUUGAACCUGCAGAAAGCAGAACUUGUAGGUCUUUAGACGAGGAACAAUUUGAUGUGUUUGACAGUGAUGAAAUGGACAUUAAUGAAGAUGUGGGCUCCAGUGAGAACAGUACAACUCACCCAGACUUGAUAACUGGUUGAUACAAAAUUAUUUUAAUAUGUGUGCCGUCAACUGAAAAAAGGGUGAGGAUUAAGAAGGCACUAUGAUGUCACAGCUUUCAUAAGGUAUACAAAAUGACCCAGACUUAGCGGGAAGCCCUAAUCAGUACAGUUUACUUCGCCAAGUAUUUAGAAUGUGGUAAUUGAUGCUACAGUACUGAUACCUCUAUGUGGCUCGAUGGGAUGUGAUUUUUAGUUUAAAUGGAUGUGACUUUUAGUUUAAAUGGAACUAAGUCAGAUCAGUCCAUUAAAGCAUUAAAAUCCUUUAGAUAAAAAAAAGAAACUAAUAUUUUCAGAUUCUGGGUUGUGUGUGAAUUUUUUUUUUUAAAAGAGUGUAGAAAAUUAAAGUAAGCCUACAGAGAAAAUGGGGAGCUUCUGUGGUACAGGGGGGCAGCAGCUUUCAAAGUGUUAUAUUUAUGAAACCUAGUAAUCUCUUUUGAGCAGGGAACGAUAGAAUAUGUGGCCUAGUAGUUAGCCGUGUUGGCUGUUGUCCCACUGUUUCUUCUAGUUUGUGUAGGGGGUCCUCUGCUGGUCUAACCAUGUCAUGAUAGCAUAACAAACAGACUGGCCAGAUUCUGAAUUACUGUUUUUUAAAAAACGCAACAGGAAAGAAGCACUAUUGUAAUACAGAAGUGAAUGCUGUGUGGGUAUAUUACAGUCCAUCUAUUGGGUUCUUAAGAAAAAGACCUCAUAGGUGAAUUUGUUUCUUUGAAUGGAAAUUAUGAUGUCCUAUAGAAGACCUAAAAUAAAUGGCUGCCGAUUUGUAAAGAAGAUGUAGGUAAAUCUGGGAUGGGGUGAGGCAUAAAUAAUAAUAAUAAGCAAAUGGCCAUUAACUUCUCGAUUUGAGAGCUUAUAGUAUAUAACUGCAAAUGGUACCCUUUUCUUUUCAAUUAAACUGGGAAUUACCAGUUUUUCUUAUAUUUGUCAAAAUGGGAAAGUUUUAAGCAACAUAUCACUUGGAAUAUUGAAACACUUGCUAACUUUUGGUUACCAAAGAAUACACUACAAUUAGUUUUACUUUUUUGUCUACAGUCAGCAUCUCCUUGAUAUGGGAAAAUAAACUUAACAAUUUAGGAGACUUUGCUUAAUUUUAUUGAGUCUUUACCAGUGUGUUUAAAUAUAUAGAUAUAUAUAUAUAUUACUUUCUUAUUUGUAAAGAAUAUAACUGAUAGCUAAAAUAUCAGCUGUGAUUUUGAUCACAGGAUUGUUGGGUUUUUUGGAAAAUGAAUUUUGAAUAAGUUGUUAGUCUUCUGUUUUUAUAAUGUUUGUACAUAAUACAAGUUCUUGAGGUAGCCUUUGCCCUACCAGUGUUGGACUUUUUACAUUUUUACAUUUUUUAAAGAAAAAAGCAACCCUC